AUGUCUCGCAUUCUCGUCACCGGAGGCUCUGGUCUCGUUGGAAAGGCCAUAAAAUACGUGAUUGAGACUGAACCGGAGGGCUCGAAAUUCGGAAAGCAGCCCGGCGAGACAUGGAUCUUUGCUUCGUCGUCAGAAGGAGAUCUCAGAGAUCCAGUGGCUACUGAUGCGCUCUUUGAGAAAUAUAAGCCGACUCAUGUCAUCCAUCUGGCCGCUCUCGUGGGCGGAUUGUUCAAGAAUAUGAAAUACAAGCUCACCUUCCUACGAGACAAUACACUCAUCAACGACAACGUCCUGCGUUCGGCCUACACACACCAGACAUCCAAAGUCGUCUCGUGCCUCUCGACCUGCGUCUUCCCAGACAAGGUCGAGUAUCCUCUCGACGAGAAUAAAGUCCACCUCGGUCCACCACACGAGAGCAACUUUGGCUACGCGCAUGCCAAGCGCAUGGUCGAUGUAAUGAACCAUGCCUACAAGGAAGAGUUUGGAUGCAACUUCACGAGCGCGAUCCCCACCAACGUCUUUGGGCCAUAUGACAACUUCGACCUCGAAGACUCGCAUGUCAUCCCGGGCCUCAUUCAUAAAUGCGUCCUCGCCAAAAAGAACGGAACACCAUUUGUCGUCUCCGGUACCGGAAAGCCUCUGCGACAGUUCAUCUACUCGCGUGACCUUGCCAAGCUCUUCAUCUGGCAGUUGCGCCACUACGACGACGUCGAACCACUGAUUCUCUCUGUCGGUGAGGACGAGGAGGUGAGCAUCAAGCAAGUCGCCGAUGCAAUUGUCAAAGAAGUUGGAUUCGAAGGAAAUUAUGUCUUCGACACCACCCGCGCAGAUGGACAGUUCAGGAAGCCAGCCUCGAACAAGAAACUGCUCAGUCUUGUCGGCGACUUCCAAUUUACGCCAUUUGAACAAGCUCUCCACGAGACGGUCAAAUGGUUCCUCGACAAUUACGAUAUCGCCAGGACCGGGAGCGUGAAGAAGUAG